AUGGAAUAUCACUUGGCUGCAUGCAGGGAUGAAGCAAGGCUAUGCACCAUGAUAUGUGACUGGAUUUCGAGCAUAUUGAAGCAGAUACACCAGCUUCAUCUCAGACAUCAGGGAAGAAGCCAAGAAGCACAAUGGGAUUUGCUUGCUACAAGCCAACUCAUUUCGGAUAUCUCAAAAGAGACAAGUGUGGUUAUAGACACGGUUAAUAAUGGAAUUAGUGCGAUCAGACGAAAAUUUGGAUGGAAGAAAGUGCUCAUAGUUCUCGAUGACAUUGAUGACACUAAACAACUUGAUGCAUUGGUAGGUGACCAAGUACAUGUAAAACGAGAGCAUGUAUUUGGUGCAGGAAGUAAGAUUAUUAUCACUACAAGGAACAGAGCCCCACUGAUUGCUCAUGGUUUAGAAAUUUACUACCCCAAGGAGCUAAAAUAUCCUCAGUCACUUAAAUUAUUUUCUCUCCAUGCCUUUAAAGUUAGCCCACCAACAUCAGAAUUUAUUGGCUUGUCAGAGAAGGUUGUCAAAGUUGCAGGAGGCCUGCCAUUAGCUCUAAAAAAGUAUGUAUUUUUGGAUGUAGCAUGUUUCCUCAUUGGGUCAAGUAAAGAGGAAGCAUUAUUCUUCUGGGAAGAUCACUAUGCUGCAGAUAGUGCAAUUAAUGCUCUUGAAAGCAAGUCUCUUCUCACCAUGGAUGUUGAUAAUCGGUUCAGAAUGCAUGGCUGA